AUGGCCGCCCCAACUACCAACACCAUCACUGUCACCCUUCAGCAGGUCGCCAAGAUGAUUGAUCACUCCCUACUUCACCCUACCAUGACCGACGCCGAUAUUCUAGAAGGCUUGCGCAUCUCCAAGAAGUACGGCGUUGCCACGGCAUGCGUGAAGCCGUAUCUGAUUCCCCUCGCCAAAAAGGAACUCCAGGGUAGCGGCGUGCUGGUCUGCCCUGUCAUCGGCUUCCCACACGGUAACAGUACCACCGAAGUCAAGGUCUUUGAAGCCAACCAGGCGGCUGCCGCCGGUGGCAAAGAGAUUGACAUGGUCGUCAAUAUCGGCAAAGUUCUCGGUGGCGAGUGGACCUAUGUUGCUGAAGAAAUUCGCCAAAUCAACGAUGUCGUCGUCAAGCAUGGCGCAAUACUCAAAGUUAUUUUUGAGAACGACUAUCUCCAAGAGGAGCACAUUAUCCGACUGUGUGAAAUCUGUUCCGAUGUUGGCGUCGCAUUUGUCAAGACCUCGACUGGGUACGGCUUUGUGAAGCAGCCCAAUGGCUUGUACACUUACAAAGGAGCCACUGUUCGGCAUCUGAAGCUUAUGAGGGAGCACUCGAAGCCCGAGGUCCAAGUAAAGGCUGCUGGAGGCAUUCGGACGCUGGAUGAUCUGCUUCACGUCAUGUCGCUUGGGGUCACCCGAAUUGGUGCCACUGCUACCGCUGUGAUCAUGGAGGCUGCAGUUGCGCGUGGAAUCACGGAUCAGCCGACUGAGGUAGAGUUUAAGCCCAUCAGCGGGCCAUCGAUGGGAGGCUACUGA